GCUCAAGGCUUGGGCACCCAAUCCAGAGGAGGCCCUUUUCGAGUACAACGAGAUUUUCUGCAGUCGCUGCUACGGCCCCUUACCGCUGCAGGCACCUGAGUGGGCCGGGUUGCCGCUUGCACAGCUGCAGGAAGACAGGUCCCAACCUUUUGUGGUCGUGGAUGCCGGAAUGAACCUAGGCGUCUUCGAGCUGCAUCUGCAACGGCUGGCUACUCGGCCGGUGACUUCGCUGGCCUUCGAGCCUGCGCCAGAAGUUUUCCAACUCGCCGUGCAGACCUGCCGAGAGGCCGGCAUCGAUGUGAUUGAGCACUACGAGCUUCCGGCCGAACCUCUGCAGCUCCGAAGCGAACCCGGCCUCCAGGUGCACGCCUUUCAGAUGGCGCUGUCGGAUGCGUCGGGUACGCUGAGUUUCACGCACUUUCCGGACAGCCCGGCGAACUCCGCCUUGAGCCGGCAUUUGCCCAAACAGCGAUGGCUAGAAGGAUACGUUCCUGCUUCUGUCGAGUUGGAGGUCCCAUGCUGCCGCCUCUCUCAGGCCUUCGAGGCUCUUGAUUCGCCUGCAGGUGCCACUGUCUUUCUGAAGGGUGACGUCGAGGGCGCGGAGGUGGACUUGCUUCGAGGCCUCGAUGAGGAGCAUUGGGCCUGGGUCUGUGGCUUAGCGAUCGAGGCUGCGGAGACCAAGGAUGAGCUGAUGGAGCUGUGCAAGCAGCACGGGCUUGAGAAGCUUCUCGCACUGAAGCAACCAAGUCCGGAAGGAGACACCUCCCGCACAGACGCCGAGGUCCUGCACAUGGUCUUCGCUGCGCGUGAGUGA